AGGCUGGUGAACGGGACUAGUCUGUGCUCAGGGAGACUGGAGGUGAAGUCUAACCAGAGGUGGUCCUCAGUGUGUGAAGCUGACUUUGACCAGCAGGAUGCAGAGGUGGUCUGUAGGGAGCUUGGCUGUGGGGCUCCAUCAGUCCUCCAGGGGGCGCUCUAUGGAGAAGUGGAGGCUCCGAUGUGGACCAAAGAGUUCCAGUGUGGAGGCCAUGAGUCUGCUCUCCUGGACUGUAGAAGCUCAGGCUCAGCUAGAAACACCUGCUCACCUGGAAAAGCUGUUGGACUCACCUGCUCAGAGCCUGUCAGGUUGGUGGGAGGAGCCAGUCGCUGUGCAGGAACACUGGAGGUGAAACAUCAGGGAGACUGGAGACCAAUGAGUUACUCUGUCUCUGUCUGGACCCUGGAGACAGCAGCUGUUGCCUGUAGAGAGCUGGACUGUGGCUCUGCUGUUUCUGUCGGACAGAGAAAGGAGUCCACAUACAGAGCUGUGUGGUGGAUCAGGUCUGACUGUGUUCAGUCUGGAUCUCCUCUGAGGGAGUGCGUAAGAUCAUCUUCCUCUUCCUCCUUCCUGGAUGUCACCUAUCCAACAGUUCCUCUCAUCAUAUUGGUCGUCCUGCCGCUGACUCUGCUGCUGCUGUUGGUGUUGGUGACUGCUGCCCUUUAUUUCUACUAUAAGGCCAGAAGGAGGCAGGAAGACUUUGAGCUGGGUUAUCAUACCCUGUUUUUUUCUGCAGCUGAAGGAGGGCCGACUGAAGAAGAAGGAGCAGAGUAG